AUGGUCAAAAAGGAACUUGAAAAGGCUGAACACAAACCUAGUGGACUAGUGAACAGCAGAAAUGGCUUGGAAGAUGAGCUAGAAGACUUGAUCGACUGUUAUCUGGAAAUUCCAACGACCUGGACGCCUAAAUUGGAUAUACCUGAAGAACUGAAACCUGCUAAAACGAAAGAAUCUAAGGCAUCCGAUUAUCACCAAAAAUCACCCAAGGUAAAUCACGUGAAUAAAAUAAUCGAGAAAAAGGAAAAUGAAGGACUUACUGGAAAGGAACCCACCAAAGCUGAAGGAAAU